UUUCUCUCAGAACCGAGUUAUGGAAUCGCUCCAUCAGUUUUCCAAAUAUCUUCUUCUUGUCACCCUUUUUUCAUUGUACAACGGAUCCGUUGCUCAGUACGAAGAGGAAAGGGAUGCUCUGUAUGCUCUGAAGCACACCUUUAAUGAUCCAUUCAUAAAUGAUAACUGGAAGGGUCUUCAAUGCUACGACAACACCUCUUUCUGGGACGGCGUCAGGUGCGUAAACGGCCGUGUGACCGCGAUAAUAUUAGAGAACCGAGGCUUAUCCGGGGCCGUAAGCGGCGACGCAUUCGUUUUGCUUUCGGAAUUGAUUACUCUCAGCUUCAAGAACAAUUCGUUAUCAGGGAAUAUAAUGGAUUUCUCUUCCAAUCCGAAGUUGAAAGACAUCGAUCUGUCGAACAACAUGUUCGAUGGUCGAAUCCCGCGUUCGCUUCUCGGUCUCGAGUUCUUACAAUCACUGCAGCUUCAGGAUAAUCGAUUGACAGGUCGAAUCCCAGAAUUCAACCAAAAGAGCUUAACAGUAUUCAAUGUCUCGAACAACAACAUCAUCGGUCCAAUCCCGGGAACCGUAACCCUGAAAUCCUUCAGCCCUGCAUCAUACGCCAGCAAUGGCCCCAAUGUGUGUGAUUCAUUGAAUUCCAGUACUUGUUACUCUAGUGAAAAUGAAACAGCACCAUCAGGGGACUCCAAAAAGAAAUCUGUUGCCACUAUAUUAAUCGUUUUCGAUAUUAUCGGUCUAAUUACCGUGAUAUUGCUCUUUAUUGUUUACUGCAACAAGUCCAGGAAGCUCAAGAAGCUGAUCAAACGAUACCGUCUCGAAGAAAAAGACGAUGAGUUCUUGGAAAUGGGAGGGGUGAGUUUUAAUUACAAGGAAAGCAGAGAAGAAAACACUAGUCAUGUUCACGAAGAAGUGAGUACAUUUGCGCCAAAGGAAGAAGAGAAGGGGAAUCUGAUAUUCAUGGGGGACGACGAAGCUGCUUUCGAAUUGAACGAUCUGCUCAGGGCUUCAGCCGAAGGGCUAGGCAAAGGGCUUUUGGGCAAUAGUUAUAAGGCUAAGUUGGAAGGCCGGCUUGCUGUCGUCGUCAAACGCCUCAAGGAUUUGAAACCGUUGAACGACGACGAAUUCUCGAAGCUGAUUAGAGUAAUUGCAGAUCAAAAGCAUCCCAAUUUGCUCCCUUUGCUUGCUUACUACUAUGCCUAUGGCGAGAAGUUGUUACUUUACAAAUAUGCCAAGAACGGAAACCUCUUCAGUCGUCUUCAUGGAGGUAGAGGUACUAGGGGCCGGGUUCCGUUUAGAUGGAACUCGAGAUUAGCCAUUGCUCGAAUGGUGGCUCGAGCAAUGGAAUAUCUUCAUCUCAAUGCCAACUUCCCCAAAUGCCUUGUUCCACACGGUAACCUGAAACUGUCUAACGUUCUCCUCGAGGAAGACGACACCGUUCUCGUCUCCGAUUAUGGUCUCUCUUCACUCGUGGCCGUUCCGACUGCAGCGCAAGUGCUGGUCGCGUACAAAUCACCCGAAUACCAGAACUCGAAGCGUGUUUCGAUGAAAUCCGACGUGUGGAGUUACGGUUGCCUUCUUCUGGAACUACUAACGGGAAGACUCUCGAAUCACUCGGCUCCACCGGGGAUUAAUGGUGUCGAUCUCUGCAGUUGGGUUCAUCGAGCUGUUCGGGAAGAAUGGACGGCCGAGAUAUUUGAUACGGAGAUAUCGGUGCAGAGAAGUGCAACACCAGGAAUGCUGAAGCUGCUGCAGGUUGCCAUUCGUUGUUGCGAGAAGGUGCCGGAGAAACGACCGGAGAUGGCGGAAGUGGUGAGGGAAAUAGAUAGCAUCAAGGCCGUUGACUCGGAUGAAUCAGAGGAAUUAUCAGUGGAUCAAUCGUUGACAGAUGAGUCUUUCUCAACUAAUGCCUCCACAGUACUUGUAGUUCGCGAUGGACGAAGCUGGUAAGAUUUUGAAACUCCGGGGGCUUCAAAAUUUGCAAGAAUCUACCAUUUUUAAUCA